ACUUCGACAGGCUUGAAAUCAUUCGAAAUAUUUUUUCGUGUGCCUGACCAACCCGUGACCUGUUUGGUUACCACCCCCUUCCGAGGCUAGACCGUUUCAUUCACGGUGUUGCUCGCGUUGUCGGCUCUUCUUUUCCACGUGCCGCCAGCGUCUCAAUUUCGCCCCCGCUUUCCAGAAGGUGCGGCCAACAUUCUGCUGACAACCUUCUUUGUUUGCCCAAGUUCUGAAGUGACCACGAUCUUUUUGAGCAAGAUGAAGAGCUUCCUGUUGCUUGCCCUGUUUUUCGCUACUACGUCCGCAGACCCAACCUUGCGGUCUCCUAACGACGUAGAUGAUGCCAUUGUCGAAGGCUCCAAAGCGUUCUCUCUACUCCUGCCCGCCGUCGCGUUGCCUUACGCCGUAGCCUUGAUCGCCGUACUGGUGCCCCUGGCCAAGGCCUUUGUCCUGGGAGCCAUGAACGUGUUGAAUCUGCCCUUCGAAGUGCUAGUGGCCCUCUAUCUCCUCCUCUACGUCGCCCUGUUCACUUUCCCGCAGCUGGAGUCUCUACUUAAGGUGACCUCAGUCUUCACGGCCAGGUCCGAGUCCGCAAGAGCCGCUGGAGCGGGCGACCUGCCGACGGACUUUCCCGCAAGAGAGGCCGUCAUGAAGUGGGCACGAAAUUUCGUACCCGCAUCGUGGGUGGCAUCCAUUAUGUCCGCGACGACUCCAGUUGCGACGACUUCUGAGGCGACCACGAUGGAAAGCGCGUUGACGACUACUACUGGAGCGACAACUGAGCCCACCGUCAGUACGUCGGGAUUUUCAACGACCGAGGAGCCGGACGUUUCCGGACUGACCUUGGAAGCUCCUGUGGCUGCCACGUCAAUGAAGGGCCCGGCUUCAACCCAGAAGCCGAAUAAGUCUUCGAAGUGCUCUUCGUUCCAAGUAUGCGACUCUGUUUCCAGGCUGGUUAGGGAUUAUCCGAUGAGCGUCAUGCUAAUGAGGUACCUAAGUGAUUACCUGAAGGGCCUCAAGUAUGAACGCGCCGUCCGCGAAGGGAUGGCCGGCCUCAACUGUACUUCAACCUAUCCUCAGUGUACGUUAUCAUACGUGUGAUAGACAAUAAUAGAUGCGAUGGAAAUAGGCUAUAAAAGUACGUGUGAUGAACUGUGUAGAGUUGCUGUACGUACUGGAAAUUCGUACAGAAAAUUGAGACAACCGGUGACGCGCUACAUGUAUCGAACGUUUUAUUUAUAACCGCCCAUUUUUAUCCCAAGAGCUACAAUCAUAUUGUCCAUGUGAAUACGCGGCAAUAAAACAUGUUUUAACGCAUGACACUU